GAACAGUUAAACGACUUGCAGCUCGAGCAAAGACCUAUGCCACCAGAUCCAAAGGAAAACCAAGUGCUUAUACGCAUGGGCAGUGUUGGGAUAUGCGGCUCAGAUGUACAUUAUCUGGUGCAUGGUCAAAUAGGCGACUUUGUGGUUAAGGGUCCCAUGGUACUUGGCCAUGAAUCAUCGGGCACAGUUGAAAAACUUGGGCCUUGUGUGAAAGACUUGAAAGAGGGUGACCGCGUAGCCCUUGAACCUGGCACACCGUGCAGAAUGUGUUCUUAUUGCAAAGAAGGUCGCUACCACCUCUGCCCUGACGUUAUUUUCUGUGCAACUCCGCCGGUUGACGGAACCAUGUGCCGUUACUACGUGCACACAGCAGAUUUCUGCCACAAGUUGCCAGACAGUCUGACCCUGGAGGAUGGAGCGCUGCUGGAACCGCUAUCUGUGGCCGUACACGCUUGCCGGAGAGCUAAUCUGUCCUGUGGCACCAGAGUCUUAAUUGUAGGAGCAGGACCCAUUGGCCUGGCUACCAUUUGUGCAGCCAGAGCGUACGGAGCGGUCAGGAUUGUUAUCACAGAUCUGAAUACACAUCGGCUAGAGAUUGCCAAGAAACUGGGGGUGGAUGCAACUGUCAGAGUCUGUGAAGGCAUGGAAGAGACACAAAUAGCGGCCGAGGUGCAGUGUCAGCUAGGGGGACCCGCCCAUGUUACCAUCGAGUGUUGUGGCACCGAAUCUUCGAUCAAGCAGGGCUUACUGGCUACGCGCUAUGGAGGCACCUUCGUUCUUGUGGGUGUGGGCACUGACAACGCACGCUUGCCUCUCACUCCCAUAUUCCAUGAAGUGAGAUUUAUUGGAUCUUUCCGUUACUCCAAUGCGUGUCCUAGAGAUUUGUGCUCUUUUGGUCAACCCUGGCCCACUAACUUCAUUACUUCCCAGAUGACUGGGUUAUCUGAAGACCAGGAGGCACUGACUGCUGAAUUCAAUGAGAACCUGGCCACCACCUCUGUUGCUAUGGGGUCAGUACGAAAACAGACUGCCCCUGCUGAGUCGAACUACAGGUCUUGUCCAUGA